GAUGUAUGUCUUGAAGCAGGAUGUAUCUCUUACUUUAUUCAUAUACACAUAGCAAAAUGUGGAUCAUUUGUUGAGUCCAGUCCUCUGACGUUGUCCCGGAAAGCCUUCCUGCGCAGGAAGAAGGUGUAAUGACCAUCAGUAUGAGACGCUUCAACUCGAGGAAGAUGACACUGAUCUGGUCCUUCGUUCUUCUGUGCUUCAUCGUGGCUGCCGUUCAAGUUCGAGCACAGACGACAAGCAAUCAUGGUUUCAUUAACAUCGACUGUGGGAUCCCGGAAAACUCUUCCUACCUCGAUCAAUCCCUCGGCAUAACAUACGUCUCCGACGCUCAGUUUAUAGACACUGGCGUUAACCACGACGUCUUGCCGGCGUACGUCUCUGAUCUCGCUCAACGUUAUCUGACAGUGCGAAGCUUUCCUGAUGGACUUCGCAAUUGCUACACUUUCAAGUCGAUGACCCCGGGGUUGAAGUACCUCAUCAGAGCCACGUUCUUGUAUGGGAACUACGACUUCAAAAACAGUCUUUCGAUUCAAUUUGACCUCUACCUCGGAGUCAACCUCUGGAAGACGAUAACCCUGACAGAUCCAUCGAGUUACUUCUUGACAGAAGCUAUUACUGAAGCCACGGCGGAUUUCAUAUCAGUGUGCCUGGUGAACACCGGUCGUGGGACUCCUUUCAUAUCGGGGUUGGAUCUGCGACCCAUGGUGGCGUCUCUUUAUCCGUUGGUCAACGCCUCUCGCAGUCUGGUUCUUUUGGAUCGCUUCAACAUGGCGCCAACCGGUAUCUCUAUCAGGUAUCCAUUGGACCCGUAUGAUCGUUAUUGGUUCCAAUAUACGACCCAACCUUCCUGGAAUGAGAUAUCUACCAACUCCAUCGUGGAAUAUGGUGUGAAUGAUCACUUUGAGAUACCUUCGAAGGUGAUGCAGACUGCAGUUUACCCUGUGAACUCCACCAAACUGGAGCUCAGUUUCACACCGGAUUCUGGAGACCUCAAUGAAUUCUUCGCCGUCAUGUACUUCGCCGAGCUGCAGCAGAAUGCCUCGAGGCAGUUCUCCGUCUCCCUCAACGGAGCCCUGUUGAAUGACGCCAAUCCUUUCACUCCGGAUUUCCUCACUUCCGACGCCAUAUAUAACAUCAAUCCUAGCGCGGGAUACGGUGACCUAAACAUCUCUCUGGUUGCGACACAGAGAUCCACACUUCCUCCCCUCCUCAACGCCGUGGAGGUCUUCUCGACGAUGAGAAACACGAACGUGGCGACGGAUGGCGGAGAUGUUGAUGCUAUGAUGGCGAUCAAAGGGUUCUAUCAGGUGAAGAAAAAUUGGAUGGGCGAUCCAUGUUCUCCAAAAGCUUAUACGUGGGAUGGACUAAAUUGUGCUCUUAAUGCAUCUGGUGUUCCAAGGCUCACUACCCUCAAUCUAUCAUACGGUGGAUUGAUUGGUGAAAUAAUCUCGUCUUUUGCCAACCUCACUGCAAUACAGUACCUGGAUUUAUCUCACAACAACUUAACAGGACAAAUACCUGCUGCUCUAGCAUAUGUUCCAUCUCUCAAGCUCCUAGACUUGAGAAACAACCAACUCAGUGGACCAAUUCCUUCUGCUCUUCGUGAGAAAUCAAGGAAUAAAUCCAUUACUUUAAGAACUGAUGGCAACCCAAACCUCUGUGACGAUCCCACUUCAUGCGAGUCAAAGCCGACGAGAAGGCAGAAGGGAAAGACCGCAGCUAUCGUUAUAUCUUGUGUGGUUUCCGUGGUGGUACUGUUUGCAGCGGUCAUCGUUCUUUGCAUGAUGAGAAAGAAACAAGGUUUGAAAUCCUCAGUAAGAGGAACCACUGAUAAGCUUCAUAACGACGAUGAAUUGCCACUUGAGAAUCGAAAGUUCACAUAUAGGCAGCUGCAGAGCAUCACUGACAACUUUGAGAGAAUCAUUGGAAAAGGAGGAUUUGGGACUGUUUAUUAUGGCCAUCUGGAAGAUGAUACCGAAGUUGCUGUCAAGAUGCUAUCCCAGUCAUCAUCACAAGGAACUAAAGAGUUUAUUGCCGAGGCCCAGCAUUUGACGAGGGUGCAUCACAAGAAUCUAGUCUCUAUGGUCGGCUACUGCAUGGAUGGAGAUCAUUUGGCACUUGUCUACGAGUUCAUGUCUCAGGGAACCCUUAAAGACCAUAUUAGAGGUAUUGGCACUGCUGCACCUUUGAGCUGGGGACAGCGCCUACAGAUCGCUCUUGAAGCAGCACUAGGACUCGAGUACUUGCACACCGGCUGCAAGCCUCCACUGAUUCAUAGAGACGUGAAGACCACAAACAUCCUCUUGAACGAAAGGCUGGAGGCAAAGAUAUCAGAUUUCGGGCUCUCCAGGACUUUCCAUAGUGAUGGCCACAGUCAUGUCUCCACCAGGAUUGUUGGAACCAUGGGAUACCUCGAUCCAGAGUACUUUAUCAAAAACCGACUUAGCCAGAAGAGCGAUGUGUAUAGCUUUGGGGUGGUUCUCUUGGAACUGAUCACAGGCCAGCCUCCCAUAGUAUGCAUUCCAGAGAGCACUCACGUGGUUGAAUGGGUUCGCCGAAUGCUUGCGAAAGGGAGCAUCGAGGAUGUCGUCGACCCGAGUGUGCGGCAGGAGAACGUGGUGAAUUCCGCUUGGAAGGUCGCCAAUGUAGCACUUGCAUGCGCUGCUCAUGCUUCUAGCAAGAGGCCGGCAAUGACGGAUGUGGUGAUGCAUCUGAAGGAGAGCUUGGCGCUGUACAGUGAUGGAGAUAAGAUCCAAUUCGAACGCAUCAGCAGCGAGAAGCUGUACAUGGAAUCUAGUGAUACAAGCCAGAUUAGUGCGUUUGAUGUCCAUCAGUUUGGGAAUGUUUGGGAUAGCAGCGAAGGCCCUUCAGCAAGAUGACAUUGGUAUCGCCACCUCUGUCUUGGGUCAUCGUCGCCGUUUGCUUUCACUUCCAGAGGAUGAUUUGGCUUUUGUACUUCUAAGCUAAGAAUGAACACAAACUGAAGGAGAAUGCAUUUGACUUA